AUGCUCAAUGGCGUCCCGUUUUACGCCAACGGCUUUAACGCUUACUGGCUCAUGUACGAGGCCUCGGACCUUUCUUCACGCCCCAAUGUCUCGGCUACUUUAAGACAAGCUGCCAGCCAUGGACUCACCAUUGCAAGAACUUGGGCUUUUAGCGAUGGCGUUUACAGACCUUUACAGAUCAGCCCUGGUUCUUACAAUGAACAAAUGUUUAAGGGGCUCGAUUUUGUUGUGUCCGAAGCUAGGAGAUAUGGGAUGAAGCUGAUAUUAAGCUUUGUUAACAACUUUGACGAUUUCGGGGGCAAAAAACAGUAUGUCAACUGGGCUAGACGAAGAGGGCAAAAUCUCUACUCUUCCGAUGAUUUCUUUACAAACCCCUUAGUCAAAAGUUUUUACAAGAAUCAUAUAAGGGGGGGCCACGCAGAGGAGGCCUUCAAGCUGUUCUCACGGAUGAGGAAAGAAGGCCCGAGGCCCACGGAGUUCGCCCUCUCGAGUGUGCUGAGCGUGUGCGGUAGCAUGGCCAUUCUCGAUCAGGGAAAGCAGCUCCACGCGUACGUCUUGUGUGUUGGCCUCGACCAAACAGCCAUGAUCCUGAGCUCCCUUAUAAACAUGUAUUCGAAAUGUGGUUGCAUUUUGGAGGCGGCGAAGGUUUUCUCCCUUACCCUAAACGACGAUAUAGUCUCAUGGACAGCCAUGAUCAAUGGAUACGCGGAGCAUGGGUUAAGCCGGGAAGCUAUCGAAUUAUUCGAGAGAAUCCCGGACGCGGGCCUUCGGCCUGACUCGGUGACUUUCAUCGGCGUUCUCAGCGCGUGCAGCCACGCGGGGCUUCUCGGGCUGGGGUCCCGCUAUUUCGACUCCAUGACCGAAAAAUACCGAAUUUACCCCAGUAAAGAGCACUAUGGGUGCAUGAUCGACCUCCUUUGCCGGGCCGGGAGGUUGGAGGAGGCCGAGAGGAUGAUGAGAGACAUGCCGUUCGAAAAGGACGUCGUGGUCUGGUCGAGCAUGCUGCGUGCCAGCCGGGAGUGUGGUGACGUGGAGCGCGGGCGGGUCGCGGCCGAAGAGGUGAUUCGGCUGGACCCGGAGUGCGGUGGGGCCCACAUCACGCUGGCGAAUAUGUACGCGGCUGGCGGGAGGUGGAGGGAGGCGGCCGGGGUGAGGCGGUUGAUGAGGUCGAGGGGUGUGGUGAAGGAGCCCGGGUGGUCGUGGCUGAAGGUGAAGGACCAAGUGUCGGCUUUUGUUGCAGGGGAUAGAAAUCAUCCGAGGUGUGAGGAGGUUUAUGGGGUGUUGGGGUUGGUGUAUUCGAGUGAGGAGUUGAGUUUCGAUGAGGUUGAUUCGAAUGUGUGUGUUUUCGGAGGAUAUGGGGAUGAUAUGGUGGGGGUUUGA